AAAUAAAAAGAGAAAAGAGAGGAAAAUCUACGGCCCUUCUCGUUCUCCUCUUUCUCCACGCACGCUGCCCUCCCUAUUCACCUUCCAAUUUCUUUUUUUUUCCGUCUGCCCAUCACACCAGCCACCGCCGACCAUUACGUCUUGGCCGCCGCAAGUCUCCGUGCAUCAUCUCAACCGUGUCUGACAAGUCGACUGUCUGAUUCUUCAACUGCCGCUCUCGUCCGUAGUUUCGAAAGGUUUCGCCGCUGCAGCCGCGUCUCCCCCACUCGUCAGAGUUCGCCGGAAUUCCAAGAGCUUGCCGACGACGUCAACCAUCUCUCGCCAUUCUUUAGCACGCUGAUUCGCCCGACAAGCAUUUCCAAAUCUUCUUGUAUAAGUCUUUGGCAAUUGAGAGACUAUUAGCGAUAUGAAAGGUUUACAACUUUCCUUGAAUCAUACCCAGAAGAUUCGUCUUGAAAGAGCCCAAGAAAGGCUUAAAUCUCUCUCUUCGAAGGGCAAUUCUGAUGCUUCUGUUGUAGUUGCUGAUACUAUUCCUCUCAAUUACGAGGAUGGUGUCCUCAAGGGACAUGGGACCCUUGACUUGAAUGGAGAAGUAGUUGCCUCUAUUUGUGGAGUGGUUGAGCGAGUCAAUAAGCUCAUCUAUGUACGUGCCUUGCGUGCCAGAUAUAAACCGGAGGUUGGUGAUAUCGUAGUGGGACGUGUUACAGAGGUUGCACCAAAACGUUGGAGAUUGGAUAUAAAUUAUUGCCAAGAUGCAGUUUUGAUGCUUUCUUCGAUGAACUUGCCUGAUGGUAUUCAGAGAAGGCGAACUGCCGUUGAUGAACUCAACAUGCGGAGCAUUUUUGAAGAAAAUGAUGUCAUUUGUGCUGAAGUACGUGGUCUUCAGCAUGAUGGGCUACACCUUCAAGCAAGAAGCCAGAAGUAUGGCAAGCUUGAACGUGGUCAGCUGCUCACAGUUUCUCCAUAUCUAAUAAAGAGACGCAAACAACACUUCCAUCAUUUGGAGCAAUACGGUAUUGACCUAAUACUUGGAUGCAAUGGUUUUAUCUGGAUUGGGGAGCAUGUUGAUCCCAAAGUGGUGGAUACGAUGAUAGAGGAUCAAGUUGAUAAACCUGAACAAAAGGGUUCGAAAUUUGAAGGAACUUUUGGCAACCAAGUGCAAGAAGUAUAUACUCCAUUAGAGACACGACAGAAUAUCUGCAGAACUGCAAAUGCGAUUCGAGUAUUGUCUACCUUAGGUUUCAUAAUGACAGUAGAAGUCAUCAUGGAGAUAGUUAAUCUAAGUAUUUCUCUAAACAUUGAUGUGCACGAAAUGCUUGGCUCAGAGUUCUGUGUUCUCACGGCAGAAAAAGAGGUCGAACGACGUUCUUCGAGUAAGAAGAGGGGGUAAUUUUGUCUUCUUUCAAGAAUUGUGAGUAAUUUGAAUUACCAAAACCGUUUGAUUUGCAGAGAAAUUUAGUGUUAUUGUAUUUUGUUGAAUUUUAGAUUACCACCAGUUGUCGUAUCAGUAUAGAAUACAAUAUGUCCUCAAUUAUUAUGCUGUACGUGGUUUCAUAAAUGUCUAAGAAUUACUUUUAGGAUUUUACUAUAUGUCACAUUUUUGGCUAGAUUAAUACUAGACGAAACUUAACUUUGUUAAAUGUACUGUUACUGCUGAUAAUGGUAUCUUAUGAUCAUGAGGUGGAUUUGAAAACCAUCAGAAGAUUGUUUGAA